CACCUCCACCGCCACCGCCACCGCCACCGCCACCGCCGGCGGCGGCAGCAGCCAUUUCAUCUCCACAGAAACCAGACACAAAAACAUGGCAGAAAUGGAGAAAGAAGGGAGACCUCCGGAAAGUAAAAGGAGCAGGAAGCCGGCUCACCCUGUGAAGAGGGAGAUCAACGAGGAAAUGAAGAACUUUGCAGAAAACACCAUGAAUGAACUCCUUGGCUGGUAUGGCUAUGAUAAGGUUGAAUUGAAAGAUGGUGAAGAUAUUGAAUUCAGGAGCUACCCUACAGAUGGAGAGAGCCGGCAGCACAUUUCUGUUCUCAAAGAAAAUUCUUUGCCAAAACCAAAAUUACCUGAGGACAGUGUUAUUUCACCAUACACAGGCUAUUCAGGGCUUGCCACAGGAAAUGGACUCAGUGACUCACCUGCAGGGUCAAAGGAUCAUGGCAAUGUGCCCAUUAUUGUACCUUUAAUUCCACCACCUUUCAUAAAGCCACCAGCAGAAGAUGAUGUGUCAAAUGUACAAAUAAUGUGUGCCUGGUGCCAGAAAGUGGGGAUCAAGCGCUAUUCCCUGAGUAUGGGAAGCGAGGUGAAAAGCUUCUGCAGCGAGAAGUGCUUUGCGGCCUGCCGACGAGCCUACUUCAAGAGAAACAAGGCUAGAGAUGAAGAUGGACAUGCUGAAAAUUUCCCCCAGCAGCACUAUGCUAAGGAAACUCCAAGGCUUGCCUUCAAGAAUAACUGCGAACUACUUGUAUGUGACUGGUGUAAGCACAUCAGACACACAAAAGAAUAUCUGGAUUUUGGGGACGGGGAGAGAAGGCUUCAGUUCUGCAGUGCAAAAUGUCUCAAUCAGUACAAAAUGGACAUUUUCUACAAAGAGACACAGGCCAACCUUCCAGCUGGGCUGUGCAGCGCAUUACACCCUCCCCUGGAAAAUAAAGCAGAAGGCGCCGGCGUGCAGCUGCUCACGCCAGACUCUUGGAAUAUUCCUCUAACAGAUGCUCGGAGGAAGGCCCCCUCCCCGGUGGCUGCAGCUGGCCAAAGCCAGGGCCCUGGCCCAUCCGCAUCCACCACCGUCUCUCCAUCUGACGCUGCCAACUGCUCCGUCACUAAGAUCCCCACGCCAGUGCCCAAGUCCCUGCCCAUCAGCGAGACUGCCAACCUCCCUCCUGUCUCCGUCCAGCCACCUGCUAGCAUCGGGCCUCCCCUGGGCGUCCCGCCCCGCAGCCCUCCCAUGGUGAUGACCAACCGCGGCCCGGUGCCGCUGCCCAUCUUCAUGGAACAGCAGAUCAUGCAGCAGAUCCGCCCGCCCUUCAUUCGCGGGCCGCCGCACCACGCCUCCAACCCCAACAGCCCUCUGUCCAACCCCAUGCUCCCCGGCAUCGGGCCCCCGCCCGGCGGCCCCAGGAACCUGGGCCCCACUUCCAGUCCCAUGCAUCGGCCCAUGCUGUCGCCUUCCAGUCUCCCCUUCCCGCCGGUCAGCAUGAUGCCAAACGGCCCGAUGCCCGUGCCCCAGAUGAUGAAUUUCGGGCUGCCGUCGCUGGCCCCGCUGGUGCCACCCCCCACCUUGCUCGUGCCAUACCCCGUGAUCGUGCCCCUGCCCGUGCCCAUCCCCAUCCCUAUUCCCAUCCCUCACGUCAAUGAUUCCAAGCCCCCCAAUGGGUUUUCCAGCAACGGGGAGAACUUCAUUCCGAGCGCCCCUGGCGACUCCUCGGCGGCCGGAGGCAAGCCCGGCGGGCGCUCCCUGUCCCCCCGGGACUCCAAGCAGGGUUCGUCCAAGCCCCCGCCCCCGCUGCCCGCGCCCCCCAAGAAGCUGCUGUCCCCCGAGGAGCCCGCGGUGAGCGAGCUGGAGUCCGUCAAGGAGAACAACUGUGCUUCCAACUGCCACCUGGACGGGGAGGCGGCCAAAAAGCUGAUCGGAGAGGAGGCCCUGGCGGGGGGCGACAAGUCAGACCCGAAUCUGAACAACCCCGCGGACGAGGACCACGCGUACGCUCUGCGGAUGCUGCCCAAGACGGGCUGCGUGAUCCAGCCUGUGCCAAAACCCGCGGAGAAGACGGCCAUGGCGCCCUGCAUCAUCUCCUCGCCCCUGCUCGGCGCCGGGCCCGAGGACCUGGAGCCUCCGCUCAAAAGGAGGUGCCUCCGAAUUAGAAAUCAGAAUAAGUAAAAGGAGCACUGGCUCACGGGCACCUUGCGUGGAAAGAGGGCGCAGAGCAAGCCAUGGCGCGACAUCCAAUGGCACCAGCUGCUCAGCUC